AUGGGUGAGCGCUACUUGGACGUUGUGCUGCAGAAGCCGGAUGUGGACCUCUUCAAGGAGCUCUUCCGGCUCUACCCUUUGGCUGUAGUGGAUGACUACUUCAAGAACGGCCAAUGGCAGCGAGAGAUGUUAAAAAUGGAUAUCCAGGCAAUCUACGCGCACCGGGAGGAGGCUGGAGCUCCAGAGGCCCCAGAGCUGGACGAGUCCACGCUGCCGCCUAUGCCAGGUAUGCCAGGCCAAUUCGUUCGCACUCCCAUCCUGAAGCUUCCGCCCAAGCCUGACUUCAAGGCUGUGGAGAAGGGAGAGGGCAAGGAGGAGGCUGAGGAGAAUGAGAAGCCUGUGGUCAACGGAACCGUGGUGCCGCCGAAGCCAAAGGCAAUGCCACCAAAUUUGGCGGCAGCCACGCCCAAGAUGCCUGUGACACCAGCACCUGCAGUUGCCCCAGCGCCUGUUCCGUGCACCACUCCUACCGGUCCAACAGUUGCACCUCGGGCGCCACUGAGGCCCUCCUGGGAGCUCAACCCAAGCGCUGCCAAGCGGCCGCGCAUUGAGGUCGCGGCAUCGCCUGGCGUAGUCUUGCCCAACGUGCGACCCAGACCCGUGGUACCUGCGGCGCCUGUGCUUGGAGCAGCACCUAGGCCGGUGGUGCCAGGUCCCGUUGCCGUCGGUGCUAUCGCCCCCCGCCCAGUAAGAGGAGCAACAGUUCCGGUUCGACCCAAGAUCUGA